AUGUUCCUAAAAAGGAUUAAACAAAAGGGCCAAUUUAUCAGAAAGUUCAAAACAUUAAAAAGAGAAAUAGCUAGCGUAAAAAUUGAAAUAAAAAAAAAGGAAAAUAAUAUAUGCACAGUUCAGAAUAUUUUUUGCGAAAAAAAAAAAAAAAAAAUUCAUACCAUCAUUGGGAAAAUAGGACAAGAAUAUUCAGGAAGCACACAAAAAAUUAGUUCAUUAAAAGAAAGCAAAAAUAACGAAAUGGCAAGUAAGACCACAUUUGAAUCUGUACCAGAUAAUCCAAAUAUUGUUGAAGAAGAAGAAAAGAUAUUAAAAUAUUGGAAAAAUAUAAAUGCAUUUGAAUUAUCUAAUAAGUUAUCAAAAGAUAGAAAGCCAUAUAUUUUUUAUGAUGGGCCACCAUUUGCUACUGGAUUACCACAUUAUGGACAUUUAUUAGCAGGUAUAAUAAAAGAUUGUGUGACUAGAUAUUUUUAUCAAUCUGGCUAUUCAGUAGAAAGACGCUUUGGUUGGGAUUGUCAUGGAUUACCUGUCGAAUAUGAAAUAGAGAAAGAAAAUAAUAUUAACAAAAAAGAAGAUAUAUUAAAAAUGGGAAUAGAUGCAUAUAAUGAAAAAUGUAGAAGUAUAGUUUUAAAAUAUUCUAAUGAAUGGGUAAAUACAGUUGAAAGAAUUGGAAGAUGGAUUGAUUUUGAAAAUGAUUAUAAAACUAUGGAUAAAAAUUUUAUGGAAAGUGUUUGGUGGAUAUUUAGUCAAUUAUAUAAAAAAAAUUAUAUUUAUAAAUCAUUUAAAGUUAUGCCAUAUUCAUGUAAAUGUAAUACACCUAUAUCAAAUUUUGAAUUAAAUUUAAAUUAUAAAGAUGUCUCUGAUCCAAGUGUUAUUGUAGGAUUUAUACUUUUACAAACUUUUCCUAUUAUUCCAGAAUCUGUUGAGAUUCAAAAAGAGUUAGAUGUAUCGAAUGAAAAACCACAAGAUGGAAAAAAAGAAGAAAUCAACCUUUUUAAAAAAUACGAAAAAUUAUAUGAACCAUAUUUUUCUCGUGUAAAAUCAAAUGAAGUAAACACAUCUAAUAUUGAUGAAAAUAAAAAAAGAGAAGAUUUUUCUGAACCCACAUCAGAUACAUCUAACAAGGUUACAGAAAUAGUUGCAUGGACAACAACCCCUUGGACUCUUCCAUCAAAUUUAGCUCUAUGUGUAAAUGAAAAUUUUAUUUAUCUAAGAAUUUUAAAUAAAGAAAAUAAUAGAAUAUUUAUAUUUGCAGAAUGUAGAAUGGAAUGGGUAAUAAAAGAAUUAAAAUUAAAAGUUGAAAAUUUAUGUUUACUUAAUAGAUUUAAAGGGAAAUAUUUAAAGGGAUUAAAAUAUAAACCAUUAUUUAAUUAUUUUUAUGAUAAAUAUAAUUUUAAAGAAAAUGCAUAUAAAAUAUUAUCUGAUGAAUUUGUAACGGAUAGUGUUGGUACUGGAAUUGUACAUUGUGCUCCAGCAUAUGGUGAAGAUGAUUUUCGAGUUUGUGAAAAAAAUAAAAUUAUAGAUCCAGAAAAAUCGAUAUUUAUUGAUCCUUUAGAUUCAAAUGGCUAUUUUACUAGCGAAAUAAAAGAAGUUGAAAAUAUGUAUAUUAAAGAUGCUGAUAUUGUAAUUAAAAAAAUAUUAAAAGAACAAAAUAGAUUGUUAAGUAAUAAUAUGAUUGUUCAUUCAUAUCCUUUUUGUUGGAGAAGUGAUACACCAUUAAUUUAUAGAGCUAUACCUGCAUGGUUUGUAAGAGUUAAUAAUUACACUGAUAGGUUAGUUAAAAAUAAUGAUACAACAUAUUGGAUACCUGCACAUGUUAAGGAAAAAAAAUUCCAUAAUUGGAUUAAAGAUGCUAAAGAUUGGUGUAUAAGUAGGAAUAGAUAUUGGGGAACCCCAAUUCCAAUAUGGACAGAUGAAAAAAUGGAACAAAUAGUUUGCAUAGAAAGUAUAAAACAAUUAGAAAAACUUAGUGGUGUUACUAAUAUCACUGAUUUACAUAGACAUAAUAUUGAUCAUAUAACUAUUGAUGAUCCUAGAGGUAAAAAUUAUCCAAAAUUAAAAAGAAUAUCUGAAGUUUUUGAUUGUUGGUUUGAGAGUGGUUCUAUGCCAUAUGCUAAGGUGCACUUCCCAUUUUAUUGCUCCGAUAUUGCCAAUUCCGAAAUAGAUAUUUCUAAAGUCCCAAUGGAGAGUUUUAAUAAAAUAUUUCCAGCUGAUUUUAUUGCAGAAGGGUUAGAUCAAACAAGAGGUUGGUUCUAUACUUUGCUAGUUAUUAGUACAUUACUUUUUGAUAAGGCACCAUAUAAAAAUUUAAUUUGUAACGGUUUAAUAUUAGCAUCUGAUGGUAAAAAAAUGAGUAAAAGAUUAAAAAAUUAUCCCGAUCCAAUAUAUAUAUUAAAUAAAUAUGGAGCAGAUAGUUUGCGUUUAUAUUUAAUUAAUUCAGUAGCAGUACGUGCUGAAAAUUUAAAAUUUCAAGAAAAAGGAGUAAAUGAAAUUGUUAAAAGUUUUAUCUUACCAUUUUAUCAUAGUUUUCGUUUUUUCUCUCAAGAAGUUACAAGAUAUGAAACGGCUUUUAAAACUACUUUUGCAUUUUCUAAUAAAUAUAUAUAUGAUAAUAAUGAUAAUAUAAUGGAUCAAUGGAUAUUUUCAAGUAUCCAAAAUUUAAUAAAAUUAGUUCAUAUUGAAAUGAAACAAUAUAAAUUAUAUAAUGUUCUUCCAAAACUUUUGAAUUUUAUUGAAAAUUUAACAAACUGGUAUAUACGAUUAAAUAGAGAUAGAAUGAGAGGAGUUAUUGAUGAAAAAAAUUGUCUUAUGUCUUUAAACACAACUUAUAAAACUCUUUAUUUAUUUACUUUGAUGAUGUCACCAUUUACCCCUUUUAUUUCCGAAUACAUUUAUAAAAUGUUGCAACAAGUUCAAGGAUCGAACUUAGUUCUAUCGUCAGACGAUCAACCUAGCCAAACCGAAGACGACCAAAACAAGAGUGUGCACUUCCAUAUGCUUCCACAAGUAGACGAUAACUACACUAUAAGAUACGAAAUAAUUGAUUUAAUUGAAAAAAUGAAAACUGUAAUUGUUUUAGGAAGAAUAUUAAGAGAAAAAAGAAAGUGCCCUAAUAAACGACCAUUGAAAUCAGUUAAAAUAUUGCACCGAGAAAAUAGCUUUUUUGAUAAUUUUGAUAAAAUUGCAAAUUAUAUAAAAGAAGAAUUAAAUAUAUUAAAUAUUGAAUAUUCAACAGAUACUAGUUGUCUUACCUUUAGUGUAAUACCAAAUUAUAAAAAAUUAGGAACAAAAUUAGGAGCUAAUUUAAAAAAUAUUCAAAACAAAAUUAAAAAUAUGAAUAUGGAAGAUAUAAAAAAUUAUGAACAAAAUAAAAAAAUUAUAAUAGACAAUAUAUUAUUAGAAGAUGAUGAUAUUAUUAUAAACAUGAAACAUAAUUUAAAUCUUGAAAAUAUUGAAGCAAUUAGUGAAAAUUCAAUUACUAUUCUUAUGGAUUUUACUGCUGAUGAACAAUUAAAUAAUAUGGAAAAUGCUAGAGAAAUAUGUAAUAAUAUACAAAAAAUGAGAAAAAAGCUAGCUCUAUCACAAAAUUCACCUGUCCUAAUGCAUAUUUUUAUUCAAAAUGAAAUAUUUAAAAAUAAUAUGAUUAAAGAAACAGAAUAUAUACAUAAAUGUUUGAGAAGAACUAUAAAUAUUAUAAACACAGUAGAUCAAAUGGAGAAAUUGCAAAAUAAAUUUCAUCAAGAAACUUUCACUGUCAGUGAUCACGAAGUUAUUGCUAUCUUUACUCAAAAUUAA